UCACGCAAUGGCGCCGACAAGCGCAAACCUCUCGCCAGCCGAGCUGAGCUACCUACACAAGUCUCUUUCGCAAACACCGCCUAUCCGCCCCGAUGGCCGCAGUCCUACUCAAUUCCGGCCCUUGGUCGCCGAGUCCGAGAUCCUACCCUCAGCAAACGGAUCAGCGCGCAUUUGUUUCGCCGACGGCACAGAAGCAGUGGUGGGCAUCAAGGCCGAAGUCGAAAAGAGCGCUGGAUAUGGUCGCGACUAUGCUGGCGAGACAGAAAAGGGUGCUGGUCUGGGUACGGCAGGAGGUGCUGAGAUUGACAUGGGAGGCAUGGGCCAGGAAGACCAGGGAAGAAAAGGAAGAGACGCAUGGGUCGAGGUGCAAAUCGAGAUGCCUGGAUACAGAGACGACGAUGCGCUGCCCGUCUUCCUGGGCGCCAUGCUGCGCGAAAGUCUGCUGGCUACCGAGGUGCUAAAGGAUCGCCUGUACAUCAACCGCCGCUUCCACUGGCGCCUCCCCGCCCUACUGCUUGGGAGAAGACGAUUACUGACACACACAACANNGAUCCUACUGCUUUCCGCACCGCUAUCAUACCCCCUCCCUCUUCUCUCCCUCACAACACACCUCGCUCUCCAACACACAAACCUCCCAGCCCUCAUCUCGGAACAAGACGAAGACCCUCUAUUCAACGACGAUUGGGACGCCGCAGUACCUCUCUACCCCUCUGGCCAAAAACCUCCAGUCACACUCCUCCUGGCCUCGGUAGGCCCGAAUAUUCUCUUCGACCCCAGCGGCGACGAGCUCGCAGUCGCAGACGCCGUCGUGGCCGUCAGUGUUGCCCCUGCGGCCGAGAAGCAACUCGCCGUCAUGGCCGUCAGAAUGGUCGAUCCGCCAUCAAGGUUGACAGGCGCUGGUACACCCGACGUUCUCAACACUGCCACAGGAGGUGCCGCCCCGACAAAGGCAGAAGCCCUGGCUGUCAGAGAGACCGACAGCGGAGUCUGGAGACCGCCCAGAGGUGGUGUGAGCCGUAGUCUUGUGGCUCGCAUGAUCAAGAUGGUUGUCGAGAAGGGCGGUGUUGGCGAGGAGAUUCUCGAAGCCUUGGACAAGGUUGAAACA